UGGAGAGUAGUGACUGGAGUCAGGUCGACUCAGGACUCUGGACAUCAAGUUCAGCCGUUCAGUUAUAUAAGUUCUAUAACAAUUAACAACAGACAGCAUUCAAGUUAAACACAUAAACAAAGUUACAAAAAGAACUCUUAGAAUUAAGACACCGAAGGUUCAAACUAUAAAUUAUACACAAUAUUGAAUGUGAAUUAUAACAUCAAGCAUGUUGAGAAAUUAAUUCAGAAAUAUAGUUAUUGAUAAGAUUUCAUUAUGUGGAACGGUAUAACGAUUGGUUAUAGUACAGCUGACGAGACUAUAAAUUUUGGUACUCGUGCUGUAGCUAUUGGUGACAGCAGAAUAUUUGAAACAACCACUUUGGCCACAAUAAAAAGAACAUGUGAUGUAAAAUGUGUAUCCAAAGAAGACCUAAGGAUCAGUGCUAUGUGUACACCARAUUUAAUGUACAUUUCAGGAGGCCAAUCAUUCACUUCAUUUAAUACUAGCGUAACAGAAAUCAAUCAGACAUUUGGAUUUCCUAACCAAAUAGUAGAUGCUAAAAUAUCAGAUGAUGGAUGUUUCUUAAUAGUUUUAUUAUGUGAUUGGACUAUAUACUGUUGUUCAUUUACAAACCCAAGGAUUUUAUUUAUCAAGAAAGUAUCAAAAAAUCCUCGUUGCUUGCCCUCAGAAAUGGAAUCACCUGUAGGUCUCUUCUUUUCUCAUAAAGAAAACCACUUCUAUAUUACAGUUAUUACAUCAUCUGGAUUCAUCAACAAGUUUAUUUGUGUCAAUGUCACAGAACUAAUGGAAAAAUCUGUUCUUAAUAAUGAUUUUAAAACCAUAGAAAAUCUUAUAACUUUGAAUACAUUUGACAUCCAUGAAAAUGUAAAUACAGUCUGUGGAAUGCAUGAUAAUAUUUUAAUAGCUGGUGACAGUAUUUGUCUAUAUGAAGGAGAAAACAUGAGGUCUAAGGAAUUUUUAUUCCCUGACAACUGUAAAAUUAAAAAACUUGUUUUCACUCAGGAUAAAAGUUUCAUCAUCUGCCUAACUGAUUCAAAAACAAUGUUAUUGGUAUGUGCGUUUACAUUUUUACCAGUUAAAGAAUGGAAUAAUGUGUCAAUUAGUGAUUUUACUGUGAUGGAAGAAAUGGGUACUACAAGUAUUCUUUUAUUAACUGAUGAAAUACAGCCUUCAUUGAUGCUAGUUUCGAUGCCAGGUAAUUUUUAA